AUGGAACAAUACAAGUUUUGUAGCAGCAACGUACAAGAUGAUACAGUUCCGCAAGAAAAUUGUUUUGGUGGACAAAAAUGUUCCGGUUUUGGAAAAUGUAGUCCUGUGAAUACGGACGUGAAAGAAGAAGGAGAUGAUUUUCUGCAGAAACAGGGAAAUUUUGUUCGAAUGGAAAAUAAGAAUGAAUUGGAUGUUCCUUGCCGAUUUUUCUCCGAUAAAAAUAGUCGAUCAAAUAUUCUUUCGAAAAGUUUGACUACCUUAUCUGAAGAAUUAUCUCAAAAAUCGAAAAACACAGCUAAGGGUGCAUCAGGUGAUAAAAUCAGCAAAAGUGUCCGGACAUCGUCAAAAAGGCGUCUGAUACUGGUGUCACCCUUUGAGAAAGAAUCAGAAGCCAAAUUAACGAGAUCAACUGAUCUAGAAGAAUUUUAUUGUAUCACACGAGCAAAUAAAAAUAUCUUCGGUUAUUACAAUAAUUCAAAAAUCGGACAAAUUGGUGGUGGAGAUGAAAAUAUAACUAUAAUUCAAUCUCCCAGAACAGAAGGUAUAAAUCAUUUAGAAAUUUCAAGGAAAGAAUGUAUAGCCAACUUUUUAAUACUUUUUUUUUACUAGUUUGGCUCUCAGGUUUUUGGACCACAUGAAGAGAGAAACUUUUAGGAAUCAAGAAAGGAAUAAAACUUAUUUAAUAAAGAAGACAAUCAUAUUAAAUAGAUUAAUGUAUUUAAAUAUCAUAAUAAAUGCUUCAAAAAUUCUGUAUAAUAUAUAUGCAUAUAUAUUUUAAUAAAAAUGACUUGAUAUUUUUUUAAUUACUAAAUAGUCAAGCAUGACCCGUUUCAGGCAGUACAUACGUAUAUAUUUCAUUUUAUUAAUAUAAUUAAUUAAUUGAUUCAUUCAUUUUUCGCAAGAAAAAAGGAAGA